AUGCCAGGUGACCAACCUGACGUCACUGAAUAUGGCACUGGGAAGGACACCGUCAUAAGUUCUUGCAAGCCGCUGAAAACCAGGUGGAACCUUAACGUGGUCCCGGGUGGCAGAGCCGGGCGCGUGGCGUGGAGGGCGCCCCCGCGGGCGGAGCUGCGGGGAGGGGGCUGGGUGCGGGAGGCGCGGGCCCGGCUCGCGCAGCAGGUCCCCCGGGUCGCCGGCGGGGCCCGGGUCCGCGCUUCCUUCUUUCUCCGGCUCGCCGCGACCGCGGCCCCUCCUCCCGCGCGCUCCCUCCCCCUCGCCGCCGCCGCCGCCGCCGCCGCCGCCUCCUCCCUUUCUCUAGGUCUGUCUCUCCCGGCCCGGAAUCCACCCGGCCGCCCCGCCGGAGCGGCCAGGCCGCCGCCCGCCAGCGCCGCGCGCCCCGUUGGGGUCCGCCCGGGCGCGUCCGGAGCCCGCGGCCGCCGCGCAGGACAGAAUACGGAGACCGAGAGCACUGAGUGGCCUGUGCAGCAUGACAGGCUGAGGAGCCAGGUUCUGAUCGGAGGCAGCUGCCCUGGCUGGAGCCCUAAGUACAGUUUCAAACGGAAGUGCUGCUGGGGAUAUCUGUCUGGGCUUUGCUGUCUGUCACCAUUAACACCACGUGAGAGCUGUGGCUUUUCGAGUGGCCCUCUGUCAGACUCAGAGGCUGCCGCAGCCCACUCCUGGGCUAGCUCCCAACCUUGCUGCCCCUUCAGAUACCCAGUGUUUGUAUAACCAGCACUGACCACAGACAGCUCCUACUCCACACACCAGCCAGAAUUGCCACUUGUGGCCCAGGUCCCCUUGGAUUUGCCUUUAAGAGGCGCUACAGAUGCAGACGCUGAGGCUCAGAGAAGGACAGCAACUCGCCUAGGGAC